AUGGCGGUGACAUUGCUGUGGUGGCUAGGUCUGGAGGUCCAUGACGGGAGCGGAGAAGGCGAGACCGAUGGGACUGGUGGCGAUGGAGGAGUUGUGGAGGAGAUCGAUGGUCUGAUGGCUGAGUUGCAGAUGGUCGAGGAGCGGAUCGGGCGGCUGGUGGCGGCAGAGGCACAGGCUGCGGCCGAGGAAGUGGCAAUGGCAGAGGCUGCAGCAGAGCGAGCUGCUGAGGCUGAGGCUGCUGCGGCAGAGAUGGAGGGAGGAUCGCGCAGUGUCCGCUUUGCUGAGACGGCUGCGUCGUCAUCCGCGACGCCGGUGCGCGGAAAGUCGGUCGAUGUGUCGGGUGCAGACUCGCCGUCGGGCAAAGAGUACCCAGCAACGCCGUUCCCGGACGCGGGCGAUGCAACAGCGUUCCCGCGGUCGAGCUCGGUCGAUGUGUCGGGCGCAGACUCGCCGUCGGGCAAAGAGUACCCGGCGACGCCGUUCCCGGACGCGGGCGAUGCAACAGUGUUCCCGCGGUCGAGCUCGGUCGAUGUGUCGGGCGCAGAUUCGCCGUCGGGCAAAGAGUACCCGGCGACGCCGUUCCCGGACGCGGGCGAUGCAACAGCGUUCCCGCGGUCGAGCUCGGUCGAUGUGUCGGGCGCAGACUCGCCGUCGGGCAACGAGUACCCGGCGACGCUGGUUCCCAAUGCCAACGAGAGCGAAGAGAACCGGUCUCCGGACACACCCUCGGCUGGGGCGCUCAGCCCGGACGAACUCGCUACCGAGAUGCUGCUCGGAGCCGGCGCGACGCCGACCAAGGUGCAGACGAGCAAGACUCGACCCGAGAACCAGACUCCGCUGCGGACACCGCUGCGGCCGACGCCGCGUCCGUUUAUCUUUGCCCAGCGCUCAUUGGGCCGCUCCCCGCGCUCGCCAUGGGAGCUGCCGCCGUUCCAGCCGUCGCCGGCCAAGACCCCGGUCCUGCCAGCGUGGGACGCUCACGUUCCGACGAGCAGCUACGAUGCAUCGGCAAGCUAUGCCACACCCAAGCGACCAUCCCGAGUGGCGGUUGAUGCCGAUGUAGGUGACGACGCUCUGUACCAGCUCGGCACGCCCAUGGUCACGCCGUCGUCGGCCCGCCACGCCCGCUACGCCUACACACCAGCCAAGCUCCAAUCCGCCCGUAAGCCGGCCAUCGCCCUCGACCCGUCGCUGAUGGCCUCGAUCUCCUCGCUUCCCAUCGACGAGCCAGACUCGCUCUUUGCUCUAUGACCGCCCCCCCCCCCC